AUGCCGGGAACUGUUGCAGACGGGCCCACGGUGGCCCUCUCUUUUGCGAAUAACUUCUGGGGAAAGGAAGAUGCCGGCGUUACGCCCAUGCUGGAUCGUAUGCACGCUUCGAAGACCUCGUGCGAUGAAUUGAAGACCUUCUACAAUAUCCGCGCCGCAAUUGAGGACGAAUACGCCCGCAAGCUGCUCACACUAUGCCGCAAGCCCCUUGGGGCCAACGAGACAGGCUCGCUUCGAGCAUCGUUUGAUACUGUGCGAGGAGAAACCGAGGCCAUUGCAAAAGCUCAUGCCGCAAUCGCCGGGCAGAUGAAACGAGAGCUAGAAGAGCCCCUGCUUGCCUUUGCAGGGGGAAACAAGGAACGAAGAAAGAUUAUUCAAAAUGGGAUUGAGCGCAUUCAUAAGACCAAAAUGCAGCAAACCCAGACAGUGAAUAAGACACGGGAUCGAUACGAGCAGGACUGCUUGCGUAUUAAAGGUUAUCUCGCGCAGGGCCACAUGGUGAUGGGCCAGGAAGAGCGAAAGAACAAAGCGAAGCUGGAGAAGACCCAGAUCCAACUUGCAUCUAGCAGCAGUGAAUACGAUGCCGCAGUCAAAGUCCUCGCAGAUACGACUGUCCGCUGGAAUAAGGAAUGGAAGUCUGCUUGCGAUAAAUUCCAAGACCUUGAAGAAGAGCGCAUCGAUUUUACUAAGAGCAGCCUCUGGACUUACGCCAACGUUGCCUCUACAGUAUGCGUGAGUGAUGAUGCUGCCUGCGAAAGGAUUCGUCUUUCGCUCGAGAAUUGCGAGGUCGAGAAAGAUAUCGUCUACUUCAUCAAGGAAAGGGGCACGGGCCAGGAAAUCCCCGAUGCCCCCAAGUUCAUCAACUUCUCCCGGGGAGACGUAAACGAUGCCAGUUCCGACAUAUCUGAAGAGGAGGGAUACUCUGUGGCUCAGUUCCAGCGCACCAUCAACCCAGCGUUCCGAAGCUCUUCUCCGCAACCAUCGACGUAUGAGUCCCAUCAUGACACAGAACCUGAACCGGCGAAUCCGGCUCAGAAUGGACCUUCCACGCCAUCGAGCAGAGAAGCUACGGUCACCCCGCAAAAGCCGACGCAGCCGCCAAUGCAACAGCCAGUACAGCAGCAGCAGCAGCAGCAGCAGCAGCCCAAUCCGCUAGAUCUUCGUCGGGGAGGCCAUCUCCCGCCGAACUACGACCCGAACCAGCACGGCGAAAUUGCAGCUAUACCGCACAACGCGUAUCCAACGGACGGUAUGACAAUGUUUUGCCGAACUGGUCCUCCAUCCGAACGCAGUUCAGGAACUGCCAGUGGCUACCGGCCAUCCAGUCGAGACUCCCAGAGUGAAGUUUCUAACGCAACCUCAGUGUCUAGUCAAGAGCCUACCAGUGCCAGACAAUCCCCGACCAAGCCGACAAAUGGCGUGGCCCUUCCAGGAAUAGGUGGUGGAGGAGAGCCGCAGCCGUCCCCGAAGAAGAAAUUCUUCAGCAACAGCCCGUUCCGACGCAAGAGCCGCCAUGACAAGGACCGUAACUCGGGGUCUUCUCAGCCACCUAGCCGGAGAACUUGGGAUUCCCCCUCGAAGCAGCCCAGCCCUAUUAAAGCUCCAACACCCCAGAAGCCCCCACAGCCUCAACAGAUUCAAAUUCCGCAGGCCAUGGAUGAUAUUAAGCGAUCCGCUAGCCCAGAGCCGGUUGACCCACGGGCUAACUUCCAAUUGAACGUCGGAAAUAAUGUGUUUGACGUUGCUUCCCCAGAUAAGAAUAAACCCCAGAAGGGAGCGCCGCCGCCAAAAGGAGGAGAUGACCUCGACCCUAUUGCACGUGCUUUGGCAGACCUGAAAGGCGCUGGUGGUGGGAAGCAGUCGGCAACCCGGGUUUCUGCUGAUAGAUACCAUGGCAUUGCCACGCCUGUUCCAUCAGCACCUACGUCGAAUUACAGCGCAAACUCAGCGGCCAAUCCUCCCCCGGCCUAUAACGAUCCCUCGGUGAAGCGCCUCGGAGCUCCUCAGCCGGCUUUCACUUCCAAACAAAUGCAACAGACCACACAAAAGUACACAGGUCAGACGCAGAACGUGCUCAGAGGCAAGGCGAACCCUGUUUCAAUGUCGACCCGCAGCCCCAGGCAGUCACAGGAAGUCCCUCGUGCCAAAUCACCCGCACCUGCACCUCGACGGAGUGCAAGCCCCCAACCGCAACCAAGCCCUCGUGGGGGGUCACGCAUGAGCCAAUACAGCCGUGCUGCGAGCCCGAACCCAAGUAAUUAUCAAGCAAACAGCGUGAAGAGCCGCUACAGCCAGUCACCAGGUGUUUCCACUCCGCCCCAGCGCCCAAGCGACGGGCCAUACUCCCCGCACGACUUUGCAAAACGAGGGUCUUUCAGCGCUGCCCCCUCCCCAACAACGGCCGCUUCCCCUGGAGGCGCUUCUCCCAACGAGUAUGCUCAGCGAUCCUCGCAGAACUCAAUGCCUCGAGCUGUAUCCCCCCAGCCGCAAUUCAAACAGCAAGCUCGUCCAUCGAGCGCUGGAGGCAUGGAGCUACAGCUUUCUCAGCCUGACAUGUAUGGUGGCAGUGGUGACGGCUACGGAUCCCCGCAGAGAGAACCUAGGAGACCAAUGUCAUACUAUGACGGUGCAAGCCAGCGCAGUCGAUCUAGGGGCAGAUCUAUGGCAGUUGCGGAUCCUGGAAGACAGUUCAGCCGUGAUGGCCGUCCAAUCUUACAUUUUGCCCGCGCACUAUACAGCUAUACCGCAGCCAUUCCCGAGGAACUUGGUUUCGGAAAGGGCGACGUCCUCUCCGUGAUCAGACUCCAGGAUGACGGCUGGUGGGAAGCUGAAGUUACCACAACCCGCAUGAGAACUGGGUUGGUGCCGAGCAACUACCUCCAGAUUAUCUAG